UUGAUAUGUCUGUGCUGUGGCUGCUUCUGGGCCUCCUUGCCCUUACUGGCUCAUCUGAAAGCAGUGGUUGGGGAUGCUAUGGAGACAUCCAGACCCUCUACACCCCUGGGGCGUCUUGUGGGAUUGGAAGGCUUCGAGGCCUGAACUUCUGCGGAGUUCGUGCUUCUGAAAGGCUGGCUGAAAUAGACAUGCCAUACCUCCUGAGAUAUCGAUCCAUCAUGCGUACAGUUGGUCUAAAGUACUGCGUGGACCCUGCCGUGAUCGCUGGUGUCUUGUCCAGGGAGUCUCAUGGUGGCAACGUCCUGGUCAAUGUGGACAGUGUGGGCGAUGGAGUCAGGGUGGUGCAGGACCCUGGCCUUUAUACUCCCACCUCCUGGAUCAGUGAGGUCCAGGUUUCCCGGAUAACCGAGGUCCUGACUGUUAGAAUCAAAGAAAUCCAGAGGAGGUUUCCAACCUGGACCCCUGAUCAAUACCUGAGAGGUGGACUCUGUGCCUACAUGAGAGGUGCUGGCUACAUCCGAAGCAGCCAGGACCUGAGCUGUGACUUCUGCAAUGAUGUCCUUGCACGAGCCAAAUACUUCAAGAAACAGGGCUUCUAG